GCCUCGGAGCAGUUCCGUACCAGUUUUUGCUGCAGGAUGAGACGUCAGUGAGCAGUGAGGAUUUUGAUAUGAGCGACUCCACAUGGAUGUCAGCUGACCAGCAUCUUAACUCCAGUUUGAGUCCAAGCCAGGAGGAAGGCAUGCGCAGCCCACAGAAUAUCCAGAGUCAGGAGGACGACGACUCCUCUUCGGAGAGCUGCAGCGGGAAUGGCAGCUCCACCCUGAACCCCUCCACCUCCAGCAGCACCCAGGGGGACGCCGCGUACCCAGAGGUGAACGGCAAUGGGGCCGCCGCCCCCAUGGACUUCAGCGCCUCGGCGGAAGACCAGCCCAUCAACCUGUGCGACAAGCUGGCCCCGGCGCUCGCCACCCCCACGUACCAGUCGGAUGGCGGGAGCGCCGACGGUCUCCGCAGCCGGGCAAAGUACGGAGCUAAAAGCGCAGCGGAGUCGCCUCCGUACAGCUCUGGCAGUUACGACUCUGUCAAGACUGAGGUCAGCGGCUGCCCCGAAGACCUCACGGUCGGCCGAGCCCCCACGGCCGAUGAGGACGAUGAUGACCACGAUGACCACGAGGACAACGACAAGAUAAACGACUCGGAGGGGAUGGACCCCGAACGGCUAAAGGCCUUCAAUAUGUUUGUCCGCCUUUUUGUGGACGAGAACCUGGACCGCAUGGUUCCCAUCUCCAAGCAGCCCAAAGAGAAAAUCCAGGCCAUCAUCGAAUCCUGCAGCAGGCAGUUCCCCGAGUUCCAGGAACGCGCUCGCAAACGCAUUCGCACUUACCUCAAAUCCUGCCGCCGCAUGAAGAAGAAUGGCCUCGAGAUGACCAGGCCCACCCCACCCCAUCUGACCUCAGCCAUGGCCGAAAACAUCUUGGCCGCCGCUUGCGAGAGCGAGACGCGGAAAGCAGCCAAGCGGAUGCGGCUGGAGAUCUAUCAGACGUCACAGGACGAGCCGGUUGCCCUGGACAAGCAGCACGCCCGGGACUCGGCCGCCGUCACCCACGCGUCCUAUUCACUGCCCGCCUCGUCCUUCUCGCAAGAGCCUGUCUACAUCAACGGGAGCCUCAACUACAGUUACCGGAGCUACGGGAACCUGGGGGGCAGCCUGCAGCCCACCCCGUCGCUCCAGGCAGGGAACCACAGUAACGGCCCAACUGACCUCAGCAUGAAAAGUGGAGCGUCCGUACCUGCUGCCGCUGCCGCCACCACCACCACCACCGCAGCCCCCGCCCCUGCCAAUAGCACGAACCGGGGGGGCCCGGCCGCCCAGCUGAGUCCCACCGAGAUCAGCGCGGUGCGGCAGCUGAUCGCCGGCUACCGGGAGUCGGCGGCCUUCCUGCUCCGCUCGGCAGACGAACUGGAAAACCUCAUUUUACAGCAGAACUGACUUGACUGCCUUCGCGCGGCUCCUGUGCCCGAAGAGCGUGGCUGGCGCCCUCGGAUCAUCUGCUCAGGACUGGCCUUCCCUUUGCCGACCAGCUGCCACCGCCACAGGGCCCACCACCCUUUUUAUUUUUUGCAAGGUGGCCUCCAGAGCGACCUGGGCAGGGGGUGGACAGUCGGGCAAGGCCAAGAGCUGCCUUCGGGACUGGUCUUCACCGAUGCACCCCAUCAAGGUGAAGGAGAGAUGUGGGGACUGUUGGGCGGAGUUGGGGGGGGGGAGAAGGGGAGGGGGGAAAUGGAGCUUCAGGCACAGUCAGAGUUUACUGCUGGAGCCCAGCCAUGGUAGGGACCUUUUCAAACCCUCCCUCCUACCCCCCCCCCCCCC